AUGAUUGAGGGUUCAUUUAUCUACUAAGAAUGUCUAGAGCGACUAAACGUAAACAUGUGCAGAAAGAAAUGCUUACUGCUGAUUGGAAUGGCCCAGUAGAUGAUCAACGCAUUGUUCGCAUAAUUGCUGGUCGUGGCAACAAUCUUCAUGAAGUAUUCUCUGUUGAAGACAAUGAAACGUUUCUCGUUUCAAUGCCAGCUAAAUUCAGAAGAAAUGUAUGGGUAAAACGUAAUGAUUAUGUUGUUAUUGAACCAAUAGCUGAAGGAGACAAGGUACGCGGUGAAAUUGUUCAUGUGUUGACCAAAGAAGACAUGAAACUAAUGAAACAGAAAGGAUGGGGGAAGGAAGACAAUAACUCUGAUAUUGAACCAAAUACAAAUCGACCUAUUGUUACUACAAUCAGUGACUUGAGUAGUACCGACACAGACACUGAUCAUGAUGACCCAUCAGAAGAUACAGAUUAUUCUUCAUGAUCACAAGAAUAAAGAAUUAUAAUUUCUGUAUAUGUAUUGUGCCAAACAAAGACUAUUCUGUUAUAAAACAUUAUGUGAUUUAUAUAUUAAGCUUCAUUUGGAAAAUAAAUACUUUUAAGUAAUUGUAAGUACUAUUAUAUAUUGUAUAAUAUACUUUAAUAGUGUAUGUAAUUGUAAUAAUUUCUUUGUUAUAAAAUUAAUUGAAUUUUUUUAUUAUACAAAAUAGUUACUAUUUAAAAAAAUAAAAAAUUAUAAUUAUUUGGUCAUUGUA